CAGGGAGGGUCCCGGGGGGGUUUGGUGGGAGCCGGCCCCUCCGGCACGGGGCACAGCGGGCAGAGAGCAGGGCUGUGCAGGGCGGCGACAUCUGUGGCCCUUUGUGCCAUGGCAGGGUCAGGCUAUGGCUCUGCUGGCCCCCCCGCCCCAUCCCCUCGGUACCGGUACCUGGACCUGCUCUUCGCCCUACUGGGCACUGCUGCCUUCUUGGUAGACCUGGUCGCUGAUCUGUGGGUGGCCGCCAGCUACAUGCAGGCUGGGCACUGUCUCUGGGGGGGGCUGGUGCUGGCGCUGCUGGGCCUCUCCUCCCUGGCCAUGCAGUGCUUCAGCUGGGCCUGGUACCGGACGGACAACAUCGAACUGGAACUUCCCAGUGGCCGCUGCCUGGCUGCACUGCACCUCCUCCAGCUGGGCUAUCUCUACAGGUGUCUCCGUGUGCUGAGAGCGGGCUGGCGAGCAUGCAGGGUGGAGACUGCACAGGAGCGAGACUACGCUGUCUUCCUGUCCCACGACAUCAGCAUGCUGCGCCUCUUUGAGACCUUCCUGGAGGGCACCCCCCAGCUCACGCUUGUGCUUUCCAUCGUUCUGCAUACAAACAAGUUGGAGCCUUUCCAGGGGCUCGGGAUUUUCACUGCCUCCCUAUGCGUGGCGUGGUCGCUGCUGGAUUAUCACCAGUCCCUCCGCUGCUUCCUCUUGGACAAGCAUGAGCUGGGCCCGCUCUCCUCCACCAUCUACUUCCUGUGGAACUUCCUCCUCAUCUGCCCCCGCGUCCUGGCAGUCGCGCUCUUCGCCACACUCUUCCCGUGCUACGUCGGCCUGCACUUCCUGGGCAUCUGGGCUGCCAUGCUCCUCUGGGUCUGGCUGCAGGGCACUGACUUCAUGGAGUGCCCCAGGUGGGAGUGGCUCUACAGGGCCACGGUGGCCGUGAUUCUAUAUUUCUGCUGGUUCAACGUGUCCAAGGGGCAGACGCGGCAGCGCAGCACGAUCUAUCAUGGCUUCAUCCUGGUGGACAGCGUGCUCCUCGCUGGCUCCUGGCUCUGGCACAAUGCCCCUCUGCAUGAGCGCUCUUUUCUGCUCCCUGUGCUUCUCGCUGCCCUGGUCUGCUUCGUGCUCGGGCUGCUGCUGAGAAUCGCCUACUACAAAUGGUUCCACCCCACGCUGCAGGUCCAGUGCCAGGCAAGCUAUGAUGAAGUAGACACUGCAGAAGGACUAGCCGGUUUCCGAGCUGGCCCAGUGCCGGCCCCUGUGAACAGACGGAUGUACCAGCUGUCCCAGAACCACUUCUUGGUCUCUUUGCAGGCCGGGUGAAACUGGGGGAAUGGGGACCUGGACAACGUGCCUCUCUGAGCGCAGCUGUCCCUGCUCCAGGCAGAGGGAUUUACACCUCAGGGAUCUGUGCUGCGGGAUCCCAGGCCGGACCUGGCUCCAGCCAUCUCGGCGCCUGCAGUGUGUUCCCAGGGACUGGGCACCACACCUCUGGAAUGGGCAGCUGUCGCAGGGAGAGGAGAUUGGAGCGAGCUAGGCGGGCUGAGGGCACUGGCAUGUAGGGCCCAACAGCUGGCAUCCAGCACGGGCAGCUGUGAAGCCUGUUCUGGUCUGGCAUUCUUCUAAUGGGACAGGCACUGCAGCGAGUGUCAUGGGAGAACCCGCUAUAAGAGUGCUGGACGCAUUAACCCUUUAUCGUUAGGCCCCUAUUACAGGAACUUCUCACUUGUUUCUGCUGGUUGCUGUGGCCUCCCGGCUUCUGCUCUGCACAUUGCCCUGUUCAGCCCCAUCCCCAUUUCCCUGCCAGGCUCACCACUGCUCUGUUUCAACAGAGUUCAAUGGGAAACCGUGUGCUCUGUUCUUGGCAGGACCUGCCAGGUUUUCCAUUUGUCUGGAAUUUCUCUGCACCUGUGUUUUGUUGCUAAUUUCAAAGCUUCCCUGUAGUAGUGGGUGACCCACGGCACCACACUGGGCGAGGCUUGGAGCCUCUAGGGAUGACUUGGCCACUGCAGGGGGUGUUAGUUUGUUGAUGUUUAUAAAGGGAAGGGUAUAAAUAUAUGGUGUUAUAAUAAUGUGCCAUCGACAGAGACCUAGUCUCUAGCUCCGCACUUUCAGGAGGGAACAGCAGCAUGUUCCUGUUGGAGAGAUGGGGGUAAGCAUGUGAAGAAUUCAGGGCGGUGGAGGGGAGGUGAAUGGUGUGGAGAAUUCAGGAGGGUGGGGGGGGCAAUGGUGUGGAGCGUUCGGGGGGUGGGGGGGAACGGCGUGGAGCAGUGGUUUUCAAACGGCAGGUCGCGGCAUGGAAGGCGCUGGGUCGCAGCGGCUCCAGUCAGCACCGCAGCCUGGGCCGUUAGAAGUCUGGUUGGUGGCGCUGCCCGGCUAAGGCAGGCUAGUCCCUGUCUGCUCUGACCCCGCGCUGCGCCCUGGAAGGGGCGAGCAGCAGGUCCUGCGCCGGGUGGGGUCGUCGGGCUCCGCACGCUGCCCCUGCCCUGAGCACCAGCUCCGCACUCCCUCUGCCCCGGCCCAGAGCCCCCUCCCGAGCCCCGCAGCCCUCUGCCCCAGCCCUGAGCCCCCUCCCACACCCCGAGCCCCGCAGCCCUCUGCCCCGGCCCAGAGCCCCCUCCCACACCCCGAGCCCCGCAGCCCUCUGCCCCGGCCCAGAGCCCCCUCGCAAACCCCGAGCCCCGCAGCCCUCUGCCCCGGCCCAGAGACCCCUCCCACACCCCGAACCCCGCAGCCCUCUGCCCCGGCCCAGAGCCCCCUCGCAAACCCCGAACCCGCAGCCCUCUGCCCCGGCCCAGAGCCCCCUCCCACCCCCCGAGCCCUGCAGCCCUCUCAGAGCCCUCUCCCACACCCUGAACCCCGCAGCCCUCUGCCGCAGCCCUCUGACCCAGCUCUGCUGGGUCACGGGCAACAACAAUUUCCUUCAGCUGGGUCUCCAGAAAAAAAGUUUGAGAACCACUGGUGUGGAGAAUGGUGGGGUGGGGGGAGGGGAAUGGCUUGGAGAAUUCGGGGGAUGGGGGGUGAAUGCUCUGAGCUGAGUAAACCUUUUGCUCUUUUUCAAAACAAAGUUAAAAUGUUGAAGUUUU